CACCACCUCACUUUCCCCCUGUCAUCACUCGUCACACACUUCAUUCCUGUUGCAGUUGCGUUAUGGAAUCGGAGUCGGAGGAUGGACAACUCGACCGAGUCGACUCCGAGUUGACUUCCACCACCUCCAUUUCCACCAUCUCCUCCAUACUCACCUCCGACGACUCCUUCAACUUCACCAGCUCCGGCGACAUUUCCUCUUCCAGCAGCGGCUCCGGCGAGAUCCCAGGCCUGUCCGUUCUCGCACCGCUGCUUCCAGCAUCAUCUCCGUCGGAGGAUGCGGCGGUAGUGAGGGAGAAGUGCGUGGGAAGGAGCAACAAGGGAGUAAGCUGGGGACAUACUUCAGUGAUCGGGAGGAGGAAGGAGAUGGAGGACGCCGUCGCCGUCGUGCCGGGAUUCAUGUCCUCCACCUGCAACCACAUCGGCGGUUGUACGGCACCAGGUUCCAGAUCUUCCGGCGAGAUCUCUCCCAUUCAUUUCUUCGGAGUUUACGAUGGCCACGGUGGCUCUCAGGUGGCUAAAUUUUGUGCCAAGCGGAUGCAUGAUGUUGUAGCAGAGGAGUGGGGCAGAGAAAUGGCUGCAGCUGGUGGCGCUGAAUGGCAGAGAAAUUGGGAAGCUGUAAUUGCUAAUGGCUUUGAGAGAACUGACAACGAAAUCAAAUCAGAUGAAGUUGCACCGGAAAUGGUUGGAUCCACUGCCUCCGUGGUGGUUCUAUCUGGUUGCCAAAUUAUCACAUCCAACUGCGGUGACUCAAGGGUGGUUCUUUGCCGUAGGACUCAAUCAAUCCCCUUGACAGUGGAUCAGAAGCCUGAUAGACAAGAUGAACUCUUGAGAAUUGAAGGAGAAGGAGGAAAAGUUAUAAACUGGAAUGGAGCUAGGGUGUUUGGUGUUCUUGCCAUGUCCAGGGCCAUAGGUGAUUGGUACUUGAGACCAUGGAUUAUUCCGGUGCCGGAGAUAACUUUUACUGAAAGAACGGACGAGGAUGAAUGCUUAGUGCUGGCAAGUGAUGGACUUUGGGAUGUAAUGACGAAUGAAGAGGUCGGGGAAGUAGCGCGCCACAUUCUAAGAAGGCGUCGGAGAUCCUUGUCAACAACGGAGGAAAUAUCUCCCGCACAAGUUGUUGCUGAUAGUCUGACUGAAAUUGCAUGUGGUAGAAAUAGCAAAGACAACAUUUCUAUCAUAGUUGUUGAUCUCAAAUCAAAGGGAAAACGCCAGCAAAGGCCUCCUUAAUGAAGUUCUAGAGAUAAUCUAAUACAGACAAACCCUUUGAUGGUUCCUCAUUGCUGCUUGGUAUCACUUCAACUUGUGUUCCUUCUAACCUGCUGUACAGAACUGAGCUAACUGGCUUAAAGGUUGAAGCUUCAUGACAAGUGACAACUAGCUAGGGCUUGUUUGUUGCAAUGAAGUAUAGAUCAAUAUUCCAUUUUUAUCCGUUUGGUCUUGAAUUAAGGCAAAUAGAAUGAAUCUCAGCAGUUCAUUAUUUGAUUUUAGUUUUUGAACAUGAGAAGGAAUGGAAUAAAAUGUGAUAGAGUUUAUUCUA